AUGAUUCAUAACCAGAUGGAUGAUAGCCAAUAUCGGAUGCGAGAACAGAUUUUCAAUCCGAAUCAGCGCCAACAGCUGGAAGAUAAGCGACGGAUUAAAGAGCAACUGCUGCAGUUGCAAAAAGAUAAUGUUUCCCCAAGUCAGAUAUAUCGUCGUCAGGUCAAAAUUAAUGCUGACGAUGACCUGCUGGAUUUGCAUGAUUCCUUUUAUCAUACCACCAAAAGCCUUCUGGUUUUGUUUCAAAUCAUGGGUGUAAUGCCAAUAAUGCGCAGUCCCAAAGGAGUCGGCAUGCCUCGCACUACCUUCAAUUGGUGCUCGAAGGUUUUCAUGUGGGCGUACUUCAUCUAUGCCUGCGAAACGGUCGUGGUCGUCCUGGUAGCAAAGGAACGCAUCCACAAGUUCAUUUCGAACAGUGACAAACGAUUUGAUGAGAUAAUCUACAAUAUCAUAUUUAUGAGCAUUCUGGUGCCGCACUUUCUGCUGCCGAUGGCAUCCUGGCGCCACGGAUCGGAAGUUGCCAAGUUUAAAAACAUGUGGACCGACUAUCAGUACAAAUAUUUGGUGAUCACAGGAAAGCCGAUCGUGUUUCCGAAGCUGUAUCCAAUCACCUGGGCUCUGUGCAUCGUGUCGUGGUCACUGAGCAUCGUGAUCAUUCUAUCGCAAUAUUAUUUGCAGUCUGACUUUCAGUUUAGUCAUACCUUUGCCUACUAUCACAUCAUUGCGAUGUUAAAUGGGUUCUGCAGUUUGUGGUUUGUCAACUGCACUGCUUUCGGCACCGCUAGUAAAGCAUUCUCAAACGAGCUUUCGAACAUUCUUGCAACGGAUCAUCCAGCGGACAAAUUGACCGAAUACCGUCACCUAUGGGUGGACCUCAGCCACAUGAUGCAACAGUUGGGGAAAGCAUACUCGAACAUGUACGGUAUCUAUUGUUUGGUGAUUUUCUUCACCACAAUUAUCGCCACCUAUGGAGCGCUGAGUGAAAUCAUUGAGCAUGGGGCGACCUAUAAGGAGGUCGGUUUAUUUGUCAUUGUUUUCUACUGUAUGAGCCUGCUGUUCAUCAUCUGCAACGAGGCCCAUCAUGCCUCCAAAAGGGUGGGUCUCAAAUUUCAAGAACGAUUGCUAGACGUCAACCUCACGGCCGUGGAUAAGGCAACGCAGAAAGAGGUCGAAAUGUUUCUGGUCGCAAUCAAUAAAAAUCCACCGACUAUGAACCUGGAUGGAUAUGCCAACAUCAACCGGGGGCUCAUAACUUCGAAUUUGUCCUUCAUGGCUACCUAUUUGGUUGUUCUGAUGCAGUUCAAGCUAACUCUCCUGAGACAGAGUGCCAAAAAGGCACUUUUCACGGCAUUGACAGCUAACAUGACUCAAAACAGAACGACCUAA